AUGGCCGACGCUCCCACCGACGCUGCGGCUCCGGUCAACCCUCCUCCGGCCGAGACGGCCCCCACUGCUGGCGCUGAGGCCGGCGAGGGUGGCGAGGGUGGCGAGGCCGGUCCCUCCAAGAAGGCCCUCAAGAAGGCCGAGGCCAAGGCCAAGAAGGAGGCCGAGAAGGCCAAACGUGCCGCCGAGCACCAGGCCAAGCAGGCUGCCGCAAAGGCCGCUGCUGGCAACACCGAAGACCUGGCCAAGGAAAAUUACGGCAACAUCACUCCCUCCACCAAGGUCGAGGCUGAGCGAAUCCAGCUCAAGAACAUUGGCGAUGACCUCCUCGGCAAGACGAUCAAGGUCCGUGCCUGGAUCCAAAACGCCCGUAUGCAGGGCGCCAAGAUGGCCUUCGUUGAGCUGCGUGAGGAGCGCAACUGGGCUAUCCAGGGUGUCGUUGCUACCAGCGCCGAGGGCACGCCCGUCUCCAAGCAGAUGGUCAAGUGGAUCGGUGCUUUGAAUCUCGAGAGCUACGUCCUGGUUGAGGCCAAGAUCGAAAAGCCCCUCGAGCCCGUCAAGAGCGUCCGCGUGUCUGACUACGAAUUGCACAUCACUAAGUGCUACUGCAUUGCUCCGGGCCCCGAGGUCUUGGGCAUGGGUCUCGUCGUUGCCAAUAGGCCCGUCGCCAACUUCGACGACGAGGACGCUGGCAACCCUGUCGAGGAAGUCAAGGAAGGUGUCGAGAACCUCUCGCUCGACAACAUCCCGUCGGCCAGCAUGGCCACCCACCUCAACAACCCCGUCAUGCACAAGCGUGCCCCCGUCCAGCAAGCUAUUUCCGAUGUUCGCAUGACUACCCGCAAGCUGUUCUCCGAGUACCUCGACGCCAAGGAUUUCGUCCAGUUCGAGCCCCCGUGCUUGAUCGGAGCUGCCUCUGAGGGUGGCUCCAACGUGUUUAGUAUGCCUUACUUUGAGAAGCAGGCGUAUCUAGCGCAGUCGCCCCAGUUCUAUAAGCAGAUUGAGAUUGCUGGUGGUCGCAAGCGCGUCUAUUGCAUCGGGCCCGUGUUCCGAGCUGAAAACUCCAACACUCCCAGACAUAUGACUGAGUUCACCGGUCUUGAUCUGGAAAUGGAGAUUGAGGACCACUACCAUGAGGUGCUUCACAUGCUGGAAGGUGUGCUUUUGUUCAUUUUCCGCGGCCUUCAGGAGCGUUGCGCCGAGCAGAUCGCCCUCAUUCGUACCGUCUAUCCUUCAGAGGAUUUCCUGCUUCCCGAGGCCGGUAAAGAGGUUCGCAUGACCUUUGCGGAGGGUCAAGCUCUUCUCCGAGCUGAGGGUCCCGAGGAGUUCCGUAACGUGUCCGACGAUGAGGACAUGUCAACUCCCCAGGAGAAGGCGCUUGGCGCGCUGGUCCGAGAAAAGUACAAGACGGACUUUUACGUGCUGGACAAGUUCCCGGAAGGCGCUCGGCCGUUCUAUGCUCUUGAGGACCCUGAGAACCCCAAGGUUACCAACGCGUAUGACAUGUUUAUGCGAGGCCAAGAGAUUCUUUCCGGCGGUCAACGUAUCCACGUGCCAGAGGUGCUGGAGGCACGGAUCCGCACCAAGGGAAUUGACCCAGCCAGCCAGGGCAUCAAGGAGUAUGUCGACAUUUUCCGCAGCGCUGGAGUUCCACCUCACGGUGGUGGUGGUAUUGGCCUCGACCGUGUGGUGGCUUGGUACCUGAACCUGCCAAGCGUUCACCUAACGAGCUAUUACCCUCGUACGCCCAAGAGGCUGCUGCCUUAG